GCCUACCUACCCAAGGUAGGUAUAGGAACCUGACGUAAACACAUCACUCACAUGGAAGGAGGCGGCCCCUUAGGUAGGUACCUCUGGCAUGUACAUGUCAAUGGCCCAGGGGCAGCGCUCGGUGGAUCGCUUCUCGAAAUUUUCACGUCACUUCGAGUCGGGUGCUAUACGCCUGAUACAGCAGCAAGCGACUCGCCCAGAAGCUUGUCUGCUCUUCAUCGGGCCUUGAUGAGCCUUUCUCCGUCGGCCUAUCGAGCAUGGAGUCUUCUUCUUCCACUCCGACGUGCACCGGCUCUUCCAUCGUGUAAUUCCACCCUUCGCUUGAGUAAUCCCCUCCGUGUCCCGGCCUCUUCUUCCGGUUCCCCCUGCCGGCAUUACUCCCUUCUUAGCCAAGGUGGUCGAGCGAUGGACCGUCACUUCUCGGGUAGCUCAUCCCGGGAUGCCGGAUCGUCUGGGUGCGGCGGGAGCGGCAGGAAACGUCGCCGUAGUGGGGUGCUUGCCUACAUCGCUCUCGGCAGCAAUGUCGGCGAUCGCAUAUCCAUGAUCGAGCAAGCGUGUCGAGAGAUGGACGCGAGGGGGAUCAAGGUGAAGAGGACCAGCAGCCUCUGGGAAACCAAGCCCAUGUACGUACUAGAUCAGAAUAGCUUCGUGAAUGGAGCCUGCGAGGUGGAAACGGGCCUAGAGCCGCGGGAGUUGUUAGACGAAUUGCAGAGUAUAGAGAAAUCUAUGGGAAGGAAAAAGCUCGUAGACAAAGGCCCCCGCAACAUCGACUUGGACAUCCUGCUUUAUGGGGACCUCGAGAUCGACGACGAGAGGCUCAUAAUCCCUCACAUCGGUAUUCCAGAGCGCGAGUUCGUCCUGCGUCCUCUCGCCGAACUCGUACCACACAAGCUCCUAAGCUGGCAGAAGCCCGGGAAGCUCAUCCAGGAUUAUCUCAACGAACUGCCCCUCACCGACGAGCCACUUUCAACUCUAACCCCGAUCUCGAGAUCGGUGGGCCCCUUGAACGGCCUCAAGGCCACCCGUAAAACACAUGUCAUGGCUAUUCUGAACAUAACGCCCGACUCCUUUUCCGAUGGGGGCAUCCAUACGCCCGACUCGCUAAGAGACACUAUCGCAGCAUUUAUUCGAGGCGGGGCCACGAUGCUGGAUAUCGGCGGCCAGUCGACGGCCCCGGGCAAGAUCGAGAUCACCCCCGAGGAAGAGAUAAGUCGCGUGCUGCCCGUCAUCGAGACCGUCCGGAGCAUUCCCGAAGCGCGCCACGUCGCCAUCAGCAUCGACACGUACCGCGCGUCGGUCGCCGAAGCCGCCGUCCGCGCCGGCGCUGACAUGAUCAACGACGUGUCAGCGGGGCUCAUGGACCCGGCCAUGCUGCCGACGAUGGCCCGCCUAGGCAAGACGGUCUGCCUGAUGCACAUGCGGGGCACCCCGGGCACGAUGAGCAGGCUGAACGAGUACCCGGACGGGCUCGUCCCGACGAUCGCGCGCGAGCUGCUCGCCCGCGUCGCCGCCGCCGAGGCCGCCGGCGUCCGCCGCUGGCGCAUCGUCCUCGAUCCCGGGCUCGGCUUCGCCAAGCUCGGCGAGCAGAACCUGCAGGUGCUGCGCCACUUCGACGAGCUGCGGGCCUGGCCCGGCCUGCGCGGCCUGCCCUGGCUCGUCGGCUCCAGCCGCAAGAGCUUCAUCGGCAAGGUCACCGGCGUGCCCAAGCCCAUGGACCGCGUCUUCGGCACCGCCGCCACCGUCGCCGCCGCCGUCCAGGGCGGCGCCGACAUCGUCCGCGUCCACGACGUCGUCGAGAUGGGGCAGGUGGUGAAGAUGGCCGACGCCAUCUGGCGAUACUAGAAACGUAACAUAUCACUCCUCGGUCUCGUAACCGACUCAUAUAUAAACACGUGCGGGCAAAUUAUUACUAUUUUAUUCAUCAUGAGAUGACUAUUCCCUCGGAGCGUGACUAGUGCUAGAGAAAACCCCCCUCUACUCGUCUUCUUCUUCUUCCGACGUGUCGGCGAACCAGGACGUCCCCGCCCUUGGGUCGGGACGCGCGGCCGCGCCGUCGCAGUAGUUCUCGGGGAGACCGGCGGGGCCGUCGAGGAUCCGGCC